AUCUUCACCGUCUCGGAGCGGACCCCUCGUUUCCCACUCGUCGAGAUCUGAUUGUCGAAAGAAAAAGAAGGAAAUCCCAAAACGCUCCCUCUCGUGCCCUAAACCCUAACUCUUACCUGCAGAAGCUUUUGAUUGUCUGUAGAGAUUCAAAUUCGUAACUCAGCAUGAGUAGGCCAAUGGAAGAGGAUGCUCCGAGCAAGAACGAGGAGGAGGAAUUCAGCACUGGGCCACUCUCUGUUCUGAUGAUGAGCGUAAAGAAUAAUACCCAGGUAUUAAUUAACUGCCGCAACAACAAGAAGCUUCUUGGACGUGUGAGGGCAUUUGAUAGACAUUGCAACAUGGUUCUUGAGAAUGUCAGGGAAAUGUGGACUGAGGUGCCAAAAACCGGGAAAGGCAAGAAGAAAGCUCAGCCAGUCAAUAAAGAUAGGUUCAUCAGCAAAAUGUUCCUCCGUGGUGAUUCUGUUAUCAUUGUCCUGAGGAAUCCUAAGUGAAAUGUGAUAACCCUAAUCUUUUUCCCAAACAAACUAAUAUGCCUUUCUGUUUUAUAUAAUCUCUAUUAGGAGGAUGAGAACCUUGUGGUCCGUGUGGAGCUAACAUGCCUUGCUUAAAUUUUUGUUGUGGUACAAUUACUUUAAAGUUUGUUUGCUUAAAAGGUCUUUUUUUAUGGU